AUGAAAGAAAUCGCUGAAUUUGAGAUAGAACUAAAGAAAAGAUCAUCUGUUUUUCAUCCAGGGCAAACUAUUAUAGGCACUGUUAAGCUUCAACUAACAGAGCCAAUGGCUAUGAAGGAUAUCGAGCUUCGAAUUUAUGGUCGAGAAAGGACCAGAAUAUCUCGCCCAUCAGAUCAGACUUCCAAGAUAGAUGUCCAAUCUAUUCUUGAUCAAAAAAUUAUUUUAUGGAGUAAUGAUAAGGAUGAAAGCGAAAACGUCCCUUCUGGAGCAUACAAGUAUAAUUUUAAAUAUCGAUUACCCUCAGGAACUGAUAUGCCGACAUCUGUAGAUGGUCAAAUGCAUUUUAACAUUCGUUAUUUGCAAAAGCCUCCUAGUAAGCAAAAUGAGAAGGCUAUAUCCUGCUUAUGUUUUCCACGUGGAAUUAUUCAGCUUACGGCUAAUAUUGAUCGCUAUGGUUACUGCCCCGGUGAAUCAAUUGUCAUUAAUGCAGAGUGCUCCAACCUAACCGAUACGAAAAUGCAUGGUAUAAGAGCUAAAAUUGUUCGUACAAUCGUCAGAAAAUGUACAGAUGAAACAUUUACAGAAGUAGAUAGCCCUGGAGGAAUACAAACACCGACAGAGAUUGACGAAAGGGAAAAUUUUCAUCUAAUUAAUCAGUUAUUUCAAAUUCCUGCGAUUCCACCGACAACGACAGGAAAAUUAAUUUCAAUAAGUUAUGCAGUGGAGAUUAGUGUCUUGGUGCCAUAUCGCGACAAUAUUCACGUAAACUUUCCCAUCCAAAUUGUGACUAGUCCAAUGAUAAAAUCGGUCAUGUCAUCAGACUCUUCAACAUCUCGUACUGAUUCUACAGAAGCUCAAAAAUGUAUUUUGAAUCCUUUAUUAACGAUUGCAUAA